CCCCGGUGGCUGCAGCCAGUGCCGGCGCCAAUGCCAGCCCCAGCCGCCUUUACCUCAAGAAACCAUCCACUGAGAUGUCCGGGCCGCACCCCAUCGCCUGACGAAGGCGGAGACCGCCAGACACCCGCGAGCACCGUGGCCGUACCACGCAUAACGGCAACCACAGCCCAGCCAAGCCGCCGUGCGCAACGAGCGCGCACCCAAAUGCACCCAAGUACCGGCCCAGAGUGCAACACACCACAGAGGAACACGAGUUUGGCGAAAGAGAAGGAACCAGAGGAGGGCGGAACAGAAGGCAGACGCGGAUUGAAGAGAACGAGACGAGCGGAAAGGAAGACAGGAGGAGGAAAGAGGAGAACCUAUUUAAAAUCGACAGCAAUGUUAAUAGCCUUGUAUGUGUCCGCAUAAAAGCAGCGUCCUCGGCUUACCAAUAAUCAUAGAGCUUUCUUUUUUUUGUAGGUUUUUCAAGUACUUUUUUUCUGGUUUUUUUUUUGUGGGUUUUCUAAGAGAUUUUUAACUUUUUUUGGGUCUACAUUAAAAGUUAAAGAAGUAUGGUUAGCUUCUAUUGGUUCUAUGAGAGAGCGUGUCAAGCGUGAGCUGGCGGUGGUGCUUACUUUUCUGGUUUUUUUUUUCACUAGCACCACCAGGGGAACGCUGGCGCUGGC